AACUCCACGCGUAAACUAAAAUGGCAGCCAACAUUAGUUAAUCAUUGUUGUUGUUUUUUUUUAAAUCGCCAGAGUGAUUUUCAUAAAGACCUGUAUUGAUAUAAAUUUCCUAAGCAUCUCGCAUAACUCACAAUGGGGCUCUGUAAAUGCCCCAAAAGAAAGGUUACCAAUUUAUUUUGUUUUGAACACCGUGUCAACGUUUGCGAGCACUGUCUUGUUGCCAACCACGCAAAAUGCAUUGUCAAAUCUUAUCUGCAAUGGUUGCAAGACAGUGAUUACAGUCCGCUGUGCACCCUGUGUCAUCAUAACCUUUCAGAUGAGGAGUAUGGAGAAUGUAUACGACUGACAUGUUACGACGUCUUUCACUGGAGUUGUUUGAACCAACAUGCGCAGAGAUUGCCAGCACAGACUGCACCUGCUGGGUACGCUUGCCCCAUAUGUAAUGCCUGUAUAUUUCCUCAGUCCAACCUGGUGUCACCUGUGGCCGACGCUGUCAGAGUAUUGCUCCAGCAGGUCAACUGGGCUAGAGCUGGACUGGGUCUUCCACUGAUUGAAGAAACAAAACUUCCUGUCCCAUCUGCUGCGGUCUCUGAGUCCAAAGUGAUUGCUAAUGGAGUUGCUGCAAGCUCCAGUCAGCAAAAGUUGGACGCGGUUGCUUGGGGCUAUGCCCCUGGCUUGGGAAACUCCCCUGCCCCUCAACAGGAAGUCAGCAGUUCCGCACGGCCAAGUGCACCAGUAGCUUCAGGGACACCUCACUUGGUGGUCGGCGGCCAGCAUAGUGUUAUUAGUGUUGAUGAAGGCACCAGUGCUCGGGGACAACAAGGCCAAUUUGCUAAUCCUAGAAAGUUGUUUGAUACAACCAAAGAAGAUGAAUUGUUUGGUAACAUAAGAAGAUCACGUGAUCAUGAUGAGGACAAAUAUAAGAGGCGGCCAGCAUUGCAGUGGUUAGCUUGGUGGUUCAAUUCUGUGGAUGGAAACAGACGGAAAGAUCCGCAUGCUGUUAAAAAAAGAUUUGCUGUGCUUCUCCUACUGGGUAUCAUCGGAUUCAUCACCGUGGUCAUUAUCUUCUCCAAACUAGGCCGCCAAGCCACAGAAGAUGACCCGUUCUUAGAUCCACUGGCCAACCCCAACAUUAAAGUGCAGGCUAAUGUUGUUUAGAAAAACUUUCCAGGACCCAAAUUAAGAAUUGAACAAUUGAAUGCCGAGCUCCGGUCCCUCGAUCAAACAUUUGAAUGUUGGAUUUAAUCUGGGUUUAAAUUGUUGACAUUCUUCAGUUUAUAAGUUCUUUGAGAUGAUAGAAAAGUAUCAACAAAAUAAAAUAAGUUAUCACUUUGUACAUACACAUAUAUAUAUUUGUUUCGUUCAUAACAUCAGUUGUUUUCUAUUAAGAGCACUUUCAACCAAUUUUAAUUAGAAAUAAAACUUUUUUUUUGGUCUGCUAUCAUAGCGCCUUGAGCCUACGUUAUGCUAGUGAAAUGUAACAUAGCAAUGCUAUAAAAUUAAAUUAUUAUUUUUUAAUUUCUGCAAUUGGCCAUUGCACUUAGACUAAUUUAACUGUAUGGUUUUCAAUGUAAAUAUCUAUUCUGUUUAUUGACAGUGAAAUCUGGCUCAGUUUUCAUCUAUCAAGGUUCUUGUGAUGGUGGUAGCAUUAUUAAUAGUCAUGUUCGAUGGGCUUAAUAAUAGACAAGCUUGACUUGGCUACCAUAGUUAUAUUGCUUUUGCUGUUAACUUCUAUGACGGGAGAGCAUGGUUGAAAUGAAUGCUACUUAAACUAAAAAAACUGUGAUGAGAUGUCCCAUCAAGUUUAACAGUUCUAUAGUCAAUCAUGAAAUGUAACAUCAAGAUUAGUUGGCAUCGUUUUCAUAAAAUUACAUCCUUUUAAUAAAAUUUUGCAAUCUUUAAAACUAGUAAAGCAGCACCUGUCUACUGGUACCAUCUUACACCAAUUUAAGCUUGUAUCUGGUUGCACCAAAUUUAUUUAUUUAUAUCUAUGAUUAGAAGACGACAAAUAUUUUGGGUUGCACUUAGAUAUUUAAUUAUUUUAUUUACAGCUCAAUCUUUAAAUAAUUCUCUCCAUUUUUUAACUUUGAGCAGCAUUUUAUUCCAAGUUUUUUCUCCGCAAAUUGUUUCAGGAUUUUUAUGUUUAAGGUUUAUAUUUAUGCGUUUGUCUUACCAGAUUUUUAUAAGGAAGCUACCAGGUCAUUGAAAAUAUUAAUGCCCUUAUAAUUGUUUAUAUCUUUAUCUGUGAUGCUUUGAUUAUGUCCCUUAUAUUAGCUCUUUUUUUUUUCAUGUUUUGCAUUUUUAUUUUUUUUUUAUGACCAACUUUAUUAUUUUUCUCUUUCAGAUCAUUUGUUUUCAGUUGGUGAAGUUACCUGCCUUUAAUUCGGUAUAAUUGGCCCUGUCUUAUGUAAAUGUGACUAGGAUUUAUUCUUCAUUAGUUCUCUAUGAAAUAUAAUCUAGAUAACAUGUUUUAUGAACUGGUUGAUUGGCAUGCAGACUAGCUACUCUCACACAUUAUUGUAUCGACUAAGCUGGGAAAAUACUUAUUAAGAUAAUUUGAACAAGUUUUAAGUUUGUCUUUUUUUUUUUUUUUUUUUUUUUUUUUUUUUUGACUAAGCUGGGAAAAUACUUAUUUAGAUAAUUUAAAUAACUUAUAAGUUUGUCUUCUUUUUUUUUUUUUUUUUAGCCUCCAGUUGUCUGUUCAUGAUAGACUCCUUGCCAUGUUGUCGAAUUGACAAGUUUUUUUUUUUUGUUGUUUUUUUUUAAUAAUUUUUUUUUUUUUUAAAAUUUAUAUUCUAACAUUGACCAGGUUAUUGAAUUGAUUAUAUUUAUUUUUCGCUUUCUAACUUUGCAUUGCUCAUCGCAACAAAUGUAUAUACUGUGAAAGUGUGACGCAGACUAAGCUAAUGUUCAUGCAAAGUUUACAACAAUUUUGUUUGAGACUGACAUGUGAAGUGUGGUGUGUCAAGUCAAACUACAGAACUGACGGCACACUACACUUCUUUUCUCAAUUGUUUUAGAAUGUUUUAUCAGGCACAUCAUUAGAUUGGUCAUAUCAUACCUAGUGACUUAAAUCUUGUUUCUGUGAGUUAAAAAAAUUGUGAGGCUGUUGGUUGGUACACACAAAAAAAAAAGGAUUUAGUGGAAUAACAUUGCUAGGCUUUAAACUUCUCCUGGGCAAGUCACUGUCAGUAGUUAAUCACUGACCGUCACUGACCUGCCUGGUGGUUUCAUUUCUUAUCUUCAUUUAAGUAGAUGUGCCAGAAGUUUGAAAUAGGAGCUUUUGAUUGGAGGAUGGAUUAUACACUCUCUUUGAAAUGAUCAGUAGUUAGGAGUUUACUUCCAGUGUUGGGCUUUGUUAUAAGACAGAUAUUGGAAUCGGUUAGUAUACAAGAAACUAAAACUUGUUUUAUAACUUAGAUUUCUACUUUGUGCAUUAGACUGCCAUCAAACAAAAAGUCAUGAAAGUAAGAAACUUUAAUGUCAAUACUACAAGUUUAGAACCUGCAUUGUUCUUUAACUCGUCAUAUUGUGUUAAAAACUUGUACAAUUUUGUUACAACUUGUUACAUUAUGUGACAUGUUACAUAAACUUGAUUUGAAAAAUGUUUGGACAGAUAGGAAGCCAUAAAUUAACCUGAAGUGUGGGUGUGUGUGUUGAUAAUGCAGAGAUAGUGUGUUUGCGUGGGGGAAAUGAGUUUGUGUGUGGGUGUUUUAAAAGUUUGAUUCUGUUUUGCAUGUAAUCAAAGUAUUAUUGCUUUAAGAAUGCUGACACAUUUGUACUACAUAUAAAAAUUGUAUUAAAUAUCAUAUACAACAUACAAGCUAUCUUUCAGGAAAGUGUAUAGUAUACAUUUGGGAUUAUCAUCUUGUUUGGUCAGAAUGUUGAUUAAAAAUGUUUGAAAACUUU